UCUAUGAUUCUAUAUGGACCAUGCAUGUACAUCCUUAGUUUGAAUAAACAUAAUUAUUACUACUGUUUUAUACAAGGACCGGUGGAGACAAUAACUUCUUUUGUGGGGAUCUUCCUAUAUAUACACCUUCACAAACUCUCCAUCAAGUCUAUCUGAUCUUUUCCAACUAACAUCAGAGAGAGAGAGAGUUGAACACAGUAGAAGCGCUGAUGGUUUCUCUACAAGAAGGAACCCUCUGUUGGAGAAAGAGGGGAUUCAUCACAGACGUCCACAGUUCAUUCAAGAAACGGAAGCAAGAUGAUGGCAAGCUCCAGACCAAUCUUCUCAACAAAGGAACCAACUCAGAGAACAGAGGAUCAAUACCGUUCCACGUUGAGCUCCAACUCCGCACACCUCCACCUUUCGACCGGCAGAAACGCACAGAGGCCAAGGGUCAGUCAAGAACAUCUGAAGGUCAUAGCACAUACCCGGAAGAGUCAGCAAGUAACGGAGGACCGAAAAUGAGCCUUGACCUUGAGCUGAACCUUUUGCCUUCUGCUUCACCUGGGCCAAAAAGUAAGGAGGGUUUUCGAUCUUCAAUUCGCGAAGAGACCAAAUCAUCGAAAGGUGAAACUUUCACGAGUUCGAACAAGAAGAGUGGCAUCGGGUUAGGUCUAAGUCGAUGCCCCUCAUGGGUUGCGUUUGAAGGUGAGGAUGACGAUGAUGAUCAGAAGAAGAAGAAGCAAGAAAAGGUUGCAACAGUGUGUAUGAAGUGCCAUAUGCUGGUUAUGCUUUGCAAAUCAGCUCCUGUGUGCCCCAACUGCAAGUUCAUGCACCCACAUGGUCACAGCUCUAUGGACCUGUUUAAGCCUUCUUCAAGUUUACUUAGCCUCUUAUGUUAAAGUUUCCAGGGUUA